AGGAAACGACGUCGUCGUAUCUGCCCUCGGUUGAGAGAGUUGCACAUGUUUCUGCCGUUUCGCGCCCUACAUUCCCAAAUUCCUCCUCAGCAAGCCGACUCAAUUCGCUGUGAAAUUUAUUCAAAAUGGCUUCAUGUGAGGAUGUGCAAACUAGUGAAGUUGAGAGUCAAGAUCAGCAAAAUGUUAAUGUUGUGAGAAGUGGUCACUCAAAAUCUGAUGAUGGUGUGGAGGAGGCGGAGGAAGGAGUGGAAGAUGGUGAGGAUGAGGAAGAAGAUGUGGAUUUCAAUCCCUUUCUGAAGGAAACACCUUCUCUGGAGGCUUCUUCUAGUUUGUGCUCUGAAAUCGAGGGUUUGGAUGGUGAUACAAUUGAUAGUAGAAUAAAUACUCAUGUUACUACAGAUAUUAGUUCAUCGAAGGUUAAUACUAAGUUGCAAAACUCUGAUGUUGGAGAUUCUGAGCACUGCGUCGAGGAAAUUGUGAUGCAAAGUACUGCCUCCCCUGAAUUGGAAAGAGGAGAGGAACGUCAAUUGAGCAGUAGUGUAAAGAAAAGUACGGCUGGAGACUCGAGUAAUUCUACACAUUCCCCGAAGAUGAUGAUGCAUUUGAAUGACGAUGAAGAUGAUGCUAUCUGCAGGCGUACUAGGGCUCGUUAUUCACUUGCCGGUUUCACUCUUGAUGAACUUGAGGCCUUUCUUCAGGAAACAGAUGAUGAGGAUGAUGUUCAAAAUGUUAAUGAUGAAGAGGAGUAUAGGAAAUUUCUUGCAGCUGUAUUGCAAGAUGGGGAUGGUGAUCACCUGUCAACUCAGGUUAAUGAAAAUGUAGAUGAUGAAGAUGAGGAAAAUGAUGCCGAUUUUGAAGUAGAACUUGAGGAGGCACUUGAGAGUGAUUACGAGGAAGCUACAUUGGAGAAGACACAAGCAGAGGAAAAUCAAAGAGCUGGGCAACGGCCAGAAACAAGGCAAAAUAGAUGGCAAAAAGCCUCAGCUCAGUAUGACAAAAAGCUUUCGGAGCAGACUAAGAGACCAUUGCGCCCCCUGUUACCAAUUUUGCCUAAUGGACCUAUUACACCCACACCUACUCUUAAUGGGAAAGCUUGGAUGCUCGAGGCUUAUAAGAGUUCUGUAUCCUCUGCACCAGUAGAUGGUUUCAUCAAUGGGUUCACUCCUUAUCAGAUAGGCCAGUUGCAUUGCUUGAUACAUGAGCAUGUGCAGCUUCUUAUUCAAAUAUUUUCUCUUUGUGUGCUUGACCAUUCCUGGCAGCACAUUGCAUCUCAAAUUCAGGAACUGAUUAUUGAGAUGCUUCAAAAACGAGAUGAAGCUAUAGCUUGUAAAAGAAAACCAUAUCCUGAUACUUGCUUCAAGGCUCCAUAUGCCUCUUCAUCAGUGCGAAAUGAGGUCCCACUUUUGUUUCCCACACAGAACACCCCUAAAACAUCUACAUUUAAUGCUAAUGCGGUCUGCUCUUCCAAAGAUACACAGAUGCUUGAUGCUCAAAGUGUUUCUAGUCCUGGAAGAAGAUAUGAAUAUUUUUCUAAUGGGCAGUUGUGCUCUUCCUGGGUGCCUUCUUUAACCAGCCCUGUAUUAUCCACUCUUGAUGUUGCUCCAUUUAAUUUAGUUGGAAGAUACAUGGAUGAUGUAUAUUCUGCUGUCCAGGAGCGUCGGCAACGUCAAUUGGAGAAUGGUUGUACUACACAAUAUGAAAAGGCACCUCUGUUCCCUCUUCCUUGUUCUCCAUCCAUGACGGAAGCUAAUAAUGAAGCAUCAAGAAGCAGUGCUCUACCGCCUGGCUGUAUAGCACCAUCAUCAGCCUGUCAGCCGCCAGCUAAGAAGACAUUGGCUGCUACACUUGUUGAGAAAACAAAAAUGCAGUCAGUUGCCUUUGUCCCCAAGGAAAUAGCGAAGUUAGCACAGAGGUUUUUUCCGUUGUUCAAUCCAGCAUUAUUUCCACAUAAGCCACCUCCUGUUGCAGUUGCAAAUCGGGUUCUUUUCACUGAUGCAGAGGAUGAAUUAUUGGCUUUGGGUUUGAUGGAAUACAAUACAGAUUGGAAAGCAAUUCAGCAACGUUUUCUUCCUUGCAAAUCAAAGCAUCAGAUUUUUGUUAGGCAAAAAAAUCGUUGCUCAUCUAAAGCGCCAGAGAAUCCCAUAAAGGCAGUCCGGAGAAUGAAAACAUCUCCUUUGACUGCAGAAGAGAUACAAGGUAUUCAUGAGGGGCUCAAGGUUUUCAAACUUGACUGGAUGUCUGUCUGGAAAUUUAUAGUUCCACACAGGGAUCCAUCCUUGCUUCCCCGGCAGUGGCGCAUAGCUCUUGGAACUCAGAAGUCGUAUAAACAAGAUGCCGCCAAAAAAGAGAAGCGCCGAAUAAAUGAAUCAGAAAGAAGAAAGCGUAAAGCUGCCAAUUCGAGUAAUUGGCAACAUGCAUUUGGUAAAGAGGACUGUCGAUAUACUGGUGUAGAGAAUUGCAGUGUAGAUAAUGCAGAGGAGUCUUAUGUUCAUGAAGGAUUUUUAGCCGAUUGGAGGCCAGGUAUUACAAAGCUCUUCUCAUCUGAAAGUCCUUCCUUGAUCGUUGGAGACAAGAACCCGCCUAAUGAUGUGCCUACAGAAGAGGGUGCAAAUGUCAGAGAACAACCCAAUAACUAUAGGUCUGCAGUCACUCGGCCAUUGACAGGCCUAAAUCAGGGAUCUCAGCAUGCAUUGAAUCAUUCCCAGCAUCCUUACACCUUUCCUCACCGUGCAUCUAAUGCAUUGCAACCAACACACCCUGUUCCUACUAUGAUAUCAAAUACCUCCAAAACUCAGAUAUAUUUACGGCCAUAUCGAUCUCGCAAAUCCAACAAUCUACGGUUAGUGAAAUUGGCACCAGAUUUGCCCCCAGUGAAUCUACCACCAUCUGUUCGUAUAAUCCCAGAAUCGGCUCUGAAAUUCAAUCAAUGUGGAGCAUACACCAAGGUUUCUGCUACUGGAGCUGGUGGUGUUGAUGUUGGAAUGGGGAAUAUAGUUUCUCCAUUUUCAGGGUUUGCUAAGUCAUUGGUGAAUAAAAGUGAUAAAAGCAAUCCAAUGAGGGAGAAUGUCACAAAUUCAAGCUCAGAAGAAUCAAGGUUUGUCAAGGACAAAAAUGUUGCAGAAGAAAGAUGUACUCGCACAGAUCUUCAGAUGCAUCCAUUGCUAUUCCAGACCCCUGAAGAUGGACAACUUCCAUAUUAUCCAAUGAAUUGUGGAGCUGGUACAUCCAGUUCUUUCAGUUUGUUCUCUGGGAACCAGCCCCAUCUAAAUCUAAGUCUCUUUUACAAUCCACAGCAAGCUAACAGCGCUGAUGAUAAUUUGACCAAAUCUUUGAGAAUGAAGGAAUCUGUUUCAGCACCAUAUGGAAUUGAUUUCCACCCGCUCCUGCAAAGAACUGAUGAAGCAAAUAGUGAACUAGUGACUGCAUGCUCCAUCGCAUCAACAUCUUCUGGUUUGGAUGGCAAAAUCUGCUACACCCACUCCUUUGGAUGCUGUCCAGAUGAGGCCAGUGGUCCAUUGCAGCACUUUGUUACCAGAUCUAGACCCUCUAGUCCAAUUGAGAAAGCUAACGAACUAGAUUUGGAGAUCCAUCUCAGUUCUUCUACAAAAGAAAAUGCAGCAUUAAGCAGGGGUGUGACUGCACAUCCUACAAAUUCAUCAGUUAGGUUACUGAAUUCUCAAAAUGCAACAGAAACACCCGACGCUUUUCAUUCAUCAGGCAACAACUUUGUUUUAGGUGGCUGCUCAUCAACUGUAUCAAGCAAAAUCAUUGGCCGAUACAUUGAUGAUGCAAGUAACCAGUCUCAUCCAGAGAUUGUGAUGGAACAGGAAGAGUUAAGCGACUCUGAUGAAGAGGUUGAGGAAAAUGUGGAGUUUGAGUGUGAAGAAAUGGCUGAUUCUGAGGGAGAAGAAGGUUCAGGCUGCGAGCAAGUUUCUGGGAUGCAAGAUAAGGAUGCUCAAUGUUCCAUGACACGAGAAAUUGUGACGGAUGAAGAUUGUAAUGAUCAACAAUGGGAAUUAAGUAUCCAUGGCAACUCAGAAAACAAUGUUUGUGGUCUUGAAAGGGAAACUCCGUCUUUUUUGCAGAUGGAUUUAACAGGCCCAAAGAAGGAUAAAAGCAGUUCCUGGUUGAGCUUAGAUGCAUCUGCAUCAGACCGUACUUCACGUGCAAAAUCAAAGAAUGAAGCGCGUACGAUCAGCAAAUGUCCUCUUAAAACUUCAGCUUCACAUCGACCUUCAAAGCAGGAAACACCAAGCACAAGAAAAGUUGCACCACAGGAGCAUGCUGUCGAUAUGGCAGAACAACUCGGCUUGGGUCCUCUAUCAGUUCCAACAUUAAGGAAACCAAGAAAACGCGCAUGCCAGACUAAUAAAACCGCAACUGAUGGUACGAGUUUAGGGAACUCAAAAAAUGAUGCUGAAGACAUUGGUUAGUUAAACUAACACUCAUUGCCGGUGAUGGUGAUCGAGUUGUUUAUACCCAGGAUGCUGCCAACCCAUUUACAAACUGAGAAAGAUUUCGCGUCGCCAGUGUCUUUAUUCUUGCUGUAAAUCGUAAAUAGUAAUCUAUCGUGCGAUGGAUGGGCAAACCAGGUGCCCAGAAAUUUUUUGCUUUGUAUUGGUUUUGACAAAUCAUCAAAUUCAUGUAACUGGAAUGGACUAAACCGUAUCGAUUUUUCCAACCGGUUAAAAAUCAAAAUAGACUUAAUUGAAUUGAUUCAA